CAACACAUUUUCAUGCGUUCAAUUCGAAAUUGUGGUACCCUACUCAAGUAUCUGAACGCACCUAAAAAUGAUUGACGUAAUUGACGUUUUUAUUACUGUCAAAGCAAAGUAGUCUUCAAUCAAUUUCAUUAUUCAGUUUCGUUUCAGUGCUUUCAGUCAGUCUAAAACAUGUAGAUAUGCGUGAUGUGGGUACCAACGCAAAGAAAAUAAAGUUAAAAAUAAAAAAAAUUGUGAAGUAGUCACAAAACUUUUGUUUCCAAACACCUCACACUAGCGCCAAGGACAUGGAAGACGAGUUAGAGGAUCGAGUUUUGCAUCAAACGUAUCUUUCUUUUAUAAAAAUCGUGACGCGCUUUACGAGCAGUGCUCCGCUUGAUACUCCGGUGAGCUAUUUAUGGAAGAUGGUGCGUCUUUAUUUGUUGCGGUCUGAGGUAGCAGUGAUCACACUGGGUAUAAUAUUGUUUAUUAUGUACCUGCAAACAAUUGAGCAGUGGAGUCGCACGUUACUAAGUCGACUCUCACAGGCCAUGAGCCCUAUCAGUUCGGUUCAGCGUAUGAAGUUUAUGGAAGGGUCUGAAGCUGAUAAACAAAGCUGGGAAUUAAAAGGUUCUCUCAGUGCAGCUUAUGCAAUCAAAGGAAGAAGGAUGCAUAUGGAAGACAGAUUCAUCAUUAAUGAGAACAUCAACAGUACAGGUAUCUCCCUGUUUGCCAUAUUUGAUGGGCAUGGUGGAGAAUUUGCUGCUAACUAUGCAAAAGACCAUCUUAUACAAAAUCUUUACAACAAAAUAGUAGAAUUAAAUGCUUUCAAGGAGGGAAAAAUCAUUAGCACUCCUACUAAAGAUACUACAGAGGACGAUAAACCACAAGAACCAGAAAGCAAUACAAGUGUUGAACGAAAAACUAGCUUUAAGAAAUCAGUGAGCACUGCUGAUGACACAUCUAAAAAGGAAAUAACUGACCCAGAAUUGCUGGCACAGCUUUCAAAGGCCAGACCAAUAAUAACAAGGGAAGUGAGACCAACAAAACCCAUUAAAAAUGUUGCUGUACCAUUAAGCAGUUAUUUAGAUAAAGGGAAAAUUAACUUUGGCAAGUUGCUGACAGAUGAGGUGUUGGCUGCAGACAGACUGUUGGUGGAGGCAGCGAAAAGGUCCAUGAAUGUCGCCGGAACCACUGCACUGCUGGCUAUCAUGGAAGGUAACCACCUGAUAGUUGCCAAUGUGGGAGACUCCAGGGGCGUCAUGUGCGACUCGAGAGGAAAUGCCAUACCUGUAUCUUUUGACCAUAAACCUCAACAGGUAAGGGAACAAAAAAGAAUAGAAGCAGCUGGAGGCUACAUAGCCUUUAACGGCGUUUGGCGCGUUGCAGGCAUCCUGGCAACUUCUCGGGCAAUGGGAGACUACCCACUGAAGGACAAAAGGUUUGUUAUUGCAGACCCUGACAUUCUCACAUUCAACCUGAAUGAUCACAAGCCUAUGUUCCUUGUUCUGGCCUCUGAUGGUUUAUGGGAUACCUUUUCCAAUGAAGAAGCAGUCAAAUUUAUAAAGGAACGAUUAGAUGAACCUGACUAUGGAGCAAAAAGUCUGACUCUCCAGGCUUACUACAGGGGCUCUGUUGACAACAUAACAGUGCUGGUAAUCAAUUUCUUGGACAACAAAAUUGCGUCUUCUGCAACACAGUAACUGGAUCUCUAUAGAGAACUGCAUCAAAUCCAUAUUAAUGAAAAACAAGGAUGCAACCCCACACAGGUGGCACUUUGUGUGGUUGAGUGGCAUGGAACCGGCUAUGAUAUUGCAAGCCAUUGGUACAAAUGUUGUACAGAUGUUUGGUACAAAUUUUUGUUGGUCCUUACUUUUUUGUUGUAACAAUGUAAUUAUAUUUUGUCCUCUACACAUUUUUUUAUAAAAUAGAAAUUUGUGGCCUAAUAUAAGCAACUUGCCAGAUUGUUGUUACUUCAAAUAUAAUAAAUGGGAACUGGCGUGACAAGUAAAUAUAAUGACAUUGUAUGCAUUUCAAUGUACUGUAAAGAUUUGCUGGUAUAUAGUCCUUGAUGUGUAUUUGAUAAGUCAUAAUAUGUAUUCUAUUUGUAUAUACCUAACAUUUCCAGUUGAAACAACUUCAGAAUGUGAUUAUAAUAUAUUCAUAUAUGUCCGUACUUUGUCCAGUAGUUAACUUGCUUAAACAAAGAAUUUAUAAUAUUUUUGAAUGUUGAACAUAUAUUGUCGUGUAAAAAGGAAAUUUUUGAAUUUAUGCAUGGUUGUGAUGGUCACAGAAAUGUUUGUUAAAAAUUAGUAAAAAAAGAUAAUCUUGUUUGAGUAAUUAGUAUAGAAUAGUUAUGAUUUGUAAGAUUUUUGGGAUGUUUUAGUAUCAAAUUGUAUAAUUGCUUAUUUUUAUUUAGAUUUAAAUAGUACCAUGCAUUAGUGAUCUUAAUUUGCUAUACAAAUAUCCUUGCAUAAUAUUGAAUUGUGUUCAGACUGUAAUGUAAAAAAAUUGUUGCAUUUGACGUAGCUCAUAUUUUAUAGUUUGAUAAAUUAGAAGCUGUUAGAGUUACCGAGUUUUGGCUUCUGGUGCUAGUCAUGAUUUCUUACUUAUGUCAGUUCGCAUAACAGUUAAAACGUGUUUAGAUACAUUUCAGAGAAGAACUUUAUAAUAUGCUGCUAUCUACUGUUUUAACUUUGUAGCAAUUUCAUAACAUUGCAUUGUCAUAUUGCCACAAUAUGGGUAACAUUAAUUAAUAUAUUAAUGUGUACGUUAUAUAUUUUGUAAUUUUGAAUGGACGCUGUGACAGCUCCAUCUAGUGAAACCAGCAUAUAAACGGCGCUAUACCUAUUGUUCUUCGACUUAAAACUCUAGUGGACUCUAGAUAUGCCUAAUGCAACUUUUUUCAAUACUUUGUGCAAUAACAUUGUAUAAAAUACAGUGUGUAGAUUUUACUAUAAAGUAUUUUUGUACGUUGUAUCUUACUAAAUAUAACAUAAUAACACUAUAUUAAAUGUAUCCCACAUUACUAACAAGUAAUAUUUUUGUCAACCAAAAAAAUUUAGUCCUUUUUUGAGAUCAUAAAUAGGGGCCAAAAUUCACGUUCGCAAACUCAUUGAAAAUGUGGCAUGGUAAAAUUUGCAGUGACUUCUGAAGGAAAAGUGAUUAAAGUGCCAAACAGUUUUCUUAAAUGUCCCUUAUUACAUAAAUGGAUUGCGGUACAGUCAGCUGCAGAGAAAAGUAAGCUCUCGUACAUUUCUACGUAAGGGUGCAUACUGCUCUCUUUGGCUGACUAGAUUAAAGGAGGAUAUAGUUCUGCGGGGUUACCAUAAGUACAGCGCGACUCAUUGCUAAUGAGAACAGUUAAACUGCUCUUGAUAGAAAUUAGUAACUACCAUCGCCCACACUGUUAACUGUCGGUUAACCUAAUCACAAAAGGCAUAAGGUCCACCGAUGGAGAGUUAAGAGUGUUGCUGUUUGUACCAUUAACAAGCGAAGUAUCGCAUGGGCACUUAAGCUAGCCUGGCUAAAAUGAACUCCUGCUAGCUACAAAAUUAGCACCAACUAGCAUCGAGUUAUUAUUACUAUACCAAAGAAGCUAUACUAUAUACUAUAAGAAAGAAGAAGCCAUACCAAAAUAUGAAAUUGUCGCAAUCGCAAGUUGCGAUUCGCAACCUGUACCACGCGACAAAAAAACGUCGUAUGCGCCGUAGAAUUCAUAGCGCUUACUCAUUUAAGUCGCGAGAUUCACGCUCCGCUUCUAUGGUUUGUUGUCAAAACAACGACUCAAGUCUCAAAAUGCUGGUUCUCUGUGCCGGUUCUGUACGUAGUAAUAAUAGUUCAAUGCCAACCAGAAUGGUUACGUUAAUGUACGAUGUCGACAUAUUAACAGAUUAAUUCGACGCUCGGGCUUCUUACUCAUUGCUUUUCUGACCUAAUUCGGCCCUGUUGACUCGCAGGAGUGUUAUAUAUUCUUGCCGUCGUUACCUGUUCAUUCUAAAUAUUUUUAUUAAAUGUAUAUACCUACAUUUGGUGCGUAAGUUUGAAUUAGUAAUGUGAUUUGCCCAUCUACCAAAGUGUAAUAAUUAUUGUACGUAAAUAAAUAUGUAUUAAUAAAA